AUGCUUAUUGUAACUUUUGCUCUUUUACUUUUCACACUGGUGUCCGGAGCUCGUUACACGGCAGACUGGGCGAGUCUCGACGCUCGGCCGCUCCCCUCUUGGUACGACGCGGCUAAGGUGGGCAUCUUCAUUCAUUGGGGGGUGUUUUCCGUACCCGGUUUUGGCAGUGAGUGGUUCUGGUGGCACUGGCAAGGUCAGAAUCCUCCGGACCCCAAAUGUGUGGCUUUCAUGAAAAACAACUACCCGCCUGGGUUCAGCUAUCCGGAAUUUGCCUCACAAUUUCACGCUCAAUUUUUUGACCCGGAGGAGUGGGCUGAUAUUUUCAACUCUUCUGGCGCAAAGUAUGUCAUUUUGACAGCCAAACACCAUGAAGGUUUCACCAACUGGGAAUCCCCUAACUCCUGGAACUGGAAUUCUGUCGAUAUUGGUCCUCACAGAGAUCUAGUUGGUGACCUGGGCGAGGCAGUGCGGAAGCGGUCGCUGCAUUUUGGACUAUACAACUCACUUUACGAGUGGUUCCACCCUCUUUACCUGAUGGACAAGUCGAAUGGAUUCAAAUCACAGAACUUUGUGUUUCACAAACUAUUACCAGAACUGUAUAACAUGGUUGUAAGGUACAGACCUGAAGUAAUCUGGUCUGAUGGAGACUGGGAGGCACCUGACACAUACUGGAACUCCACCCAGUUCCUUGCCUGGCUGUACAAUGAUAGCCCUGUUAAGGAUACCGUGGUGACAAAUGACAGAUGGGGAGCUGGCUGUUCAUGUAAACAUGGAGGUUAUUACAACUGUGAGGACAAGUAUACUCCAGGCCAGCUGCCCACACAUAAGUGGGAGAAAUGCACAUCUGUGGACAUGCUGUCUUGGGGCUAUCGUAGGAAUAUGAAGUUGAGUGACCUAAUGGACCUGCCCGACAUCAUAGAGGAUCUGGUCAAAACUGUAGCACUGGGAGGUAACUACCUCCUCAAUGUGGGCCCCACUCCAGACGGAAUGAUCCCAGCAGUGUUUGAGGAGCGACUGCGGGGAGUUGGUGCUUGGCUUGAAGUGAACGGGGAGGCCAUCUACUCCUCCAAACCUUGGAGAGUCCAAUUUGAAAACACCUCUGUACCAAUAUGGUACACAUCCAAAGGGGACAGUAUUUUUGCCAUCAUGACAGGAAAACCCUCCAAACCCACUGUGCAACUUUUGGAGCCCAAAACUUCUGCAGUCACCACGGUAACGUUGUUGGGGGACCCUAAUCCUUUAUCGUGGUCUCCAAUCAAGCCAAAUGCUGGCCUUACUAUUGUUUUACCUGAGCUGCCUUACACUGCUGGACAAGCCUGGACCCUCAAACUGGAUGGCAUACAGUGA